GGGACUUAGCAGACAUUCAGGGAAAACCUAUUCAAACGGAAAAUGUUGUUGGUUGGACUGGAAACUCGCUUAAAAUGCGGAGUCAUGAUGUCAACUCCAUCAACGCCCCAAAAGAGGCCACAUGUUGGCGGGAGUGGUCACACCCCGUCUGGGAAGAGGAGGCAGCACAAACAUGGAAAGAAAGAUGGAGGAGCUCGCCGACCUCUCUCUUUCCUAAGUCCUAAGAUAACACGAUCUUUGGGGCACAUGCUCACCCCAAAGAUUCAACUGGCCAAGUCCCCUCGGCCUGUGAAACACCAUCAGUGGACUGAUAAGGAGGACAAGGCAUUGAUCCAGUUUUUGGAUCUAAGCCACCUUGAUCAGGAUGAAAAUGUCACUGACACAGCAUCCUGGCCAAUGAGGCACGCUAACAGUCCCUUUUGGACAGAGGCUGCAACAUCAAUCAAGACGGCAACCAGGAGCAGUGAACUUCUUUCAGCAAACACAGUGAGGAACAGGUGCAGGAAGUGGAGGACGAAAUUCGACGAAUCCCUUGAAGCUGCUGUGAAGUCUUUUGGUCUUGAGACGAAUUCAAUCAGCCGUGCAAAGAAAACCAAAGAAACAGUCAGCAGGGGAUGCCAGACAAAGAAGUUGACUGUGGACCAGCAAACACAAACUGAACAUAGCUGCCAGGAUGAUGUCACAACAGUACUGUCUUCUUGCAAGGCCCUGACCCAAUCAGAAUUUGAUUCUUUCAUGCUUAUGCUGCUUCCUCAAAUCGUUCAAUCAUCUUCAGUUCUAUCCUUUGGUGAUAAACUGUUCUCAGUUGUAGCUACAGCAAAGAAUAUUUCCACAUACCCAACCGACUUCUUUUCAAAGUCCAUCAAUGCCAUGUCCACCCUACAAGAACACAACAAGCCCAACAUCCUGUACAAGUUUGCCCACAUCUUGAGCACCAACAGGCCUGGCACCUCCACCCCUCUGCUCCAAAUUGACAGGAUGCCAUUUGGAUUACUACAAUACCAGAUGGAGUUCUUCAGUGCCACCAAUGUACAUCAGGUCAGCAUUUCUCCAGAUUAUGCCAGCUGGUUGGAGAGCAUGUGUGCUGAGUUUCCAACCAGGUUCUUGAGGCUGUUUCGGGGGCCAGGGUGGAGUGGCCUGGAAAGCACUGACUUGGACCCAUUGAAGGCACAUAUUAAUGUCGCCGCCCCCUCCCUGGACACCAUGUACAGACUGGCACAGAAUGAGAAGUUUGAUGGCAACUCCAGUAUCCAUAUCGCUGCACUGGAAUCCUUUGCCAAGAUGAAGCCAGGAGCACGUGUCUGGUUUAAGGCUGAUGCUUGUGAUUUGAAGGUUGCCCUGCAGACAUCUACAAAGGGCAAAUGGGCUGGAGACGUUGAUCUUGGGGAUGGAAGCCUGGAGAAGCUAAGGGCUGACAACGACAGACGCAUGGUCCUUGUCAGGGAAGCUGGGAAGUCCUGCGUGCCACGCAAUCUAGAGGCCUGUCUCCUCAGUCUCCUUCAGGAUCUUGGAGAAGACAUUGAUCUGCUGAAAGGUGGCCUUGAGGCAGCAAACAAGAGGUAUAAGGAGAAAUUCGAGCAGGCUAACUCAUCUACAGAUGUGCUGAAAAACCUGGCAUGGGACAGGGUAGAGUACAAUACCCUUCUGGAGCAGGCCAAAGCCUUCUAUGAAAGGUAUGAAAGGCUGCUGGCAGCUCUUGGAACUGCUUCCCCUCAACCUGGCCGUGUGGCCCAAUGUCUGGUGGAACUGAGAGAAGACAACAAAACCUACUUGCACAAUCUCUUCAAGAAGAAGAGAGUGGCUGCUGAUCAUGCAUUGGUCGUUUUGGUGUCUGACGAAAGACGAAAUCAGAAGCCCUAUGCUGUGCCAAUCCUGCUCAUUCCAUAUCACAGUAUCCGGGAUCAGUUCCUCCAGCAGUUCCUGGACAAGUGCCAUGAGGAGGCCAAGAAGCUGGGACUGAUACCUGUUGGUGAUGUUACGGAUGGAGAGUUCAACUCCCUAAGGACGCUUGGGAACAAGCGCCCUAUUCAUCUCUAUGAAAUCAUUCGUGGGGUGAAAGACAGUGUCAGGAGGAUGGCUUCUGACACUGUGCUGAAGUCACUCCGGAAAGUUGGAGAGGAUGACAAUGGCAUGCCAUUGACAGAGAUGAGGGAGAAGGCUAUCCCACCAGAAGUGAUUGAAGAAUACCACAAACUCACAACAGUGGAGCAGAUGAGAGAGGAGGAUGCUGUAGUAAGACUGCGUGGACAACUCGUGCCCCCAGAUUGUGGCCCCUCAACCUUCCGUGCCAACUCGCCUGAGUGCAUGGCUGACAUGCUGCGAUCAAUAAUGGCCACAUACAGAUACCGUCUCAGAAUAGAGGAACUUCGAACUGAGGGGGUUGAUUUCACACACCACAUGUAUGUCCCAGAGAAAGACGGCCUCAACUACCUUCACAGAAGAGAAGAUCAUUGCCAUCUCCUCAAGAGAAUUGCUGGUCACCUCAGAAAAGAGCCUCCCCGGUGGUUUGACCACCAUGCUCUCGAAGAAGCGCUCCAUCCGCAAGAUGGUGAGCCCAAGCCAGGGCUAACAGAGGCAGCCCUGUUUGGUUUCCGAAAGCAGUCUGUCACCGAUGCAGAGAUCUUGCUGUCCUACAACAUGGUCAGGUUUCUCCGACACAGAGGGUAUCACCGGGAAGCAUGCUAUAUCGAAGUCGUUGCUGGAUGGCAUGAAGCAGCUGAUGGCCGAGGGCUUUCAGAGGAAGAGAGGAAGGAGAAGAACACAGCCAUGAUGGACAUGAUCCUUGAUGAGCUGAUGCCAUAUCACCGUUCCCCCCCAUGGCGCCGUUACCCCCCAGACUUCUCAACUCUUGACAUCAACAGGUUCGGUCGAGGAGUACUUGGGUGGAGCCGAGAAACCCUCAUCGCGGUCACAACAAAUAUCGAGUCAAUGGAGCUGCGGAGAAGUGAGAGUGCGACAAUUGGCUAUGAAGAGCAUCCAAGAGCGAGCACGACAGACGAUGUAGAGUGUUUCUUUGCUGGACUUCACCGACACAUGGGAAACACCUUUACCCUCAAGGAGUUGCAUGCUCGAUGGCCUACAGAAGUCAGGGAAUUCUCAAAGAGAAUUGACCCGGACCUGCCUUUCUAUUACUGGACAAUCAGUGAGAGGUUCAGAGAAGCAGAAGACACUUACCCAUCCUUCAAUGAUGACCCUGAGGAUGGUCGUCUGCGCCUCCACCGACUGCGCACUUGUAGAAGGGAAGACGCUUCGAUUUUCACAACUGCAAGGGGUGUCCUGCCGGUCAGGAACAGGGGGACCAUCAGGCAGAUACUGCACAGACCAGAAGUGCCACUGCCUGAGGUCCCAAAUAGCUUGCCACCUGUUUAG